GAGUGCAGUGUCAGUGUGAUUGCCAUAUUGCCAAAUGGCUAAAAUUUGGACCAUUGUCGAGUUAAUAAUCAUUGUGUUAUUGUGCUUUUUUGCAAUACCCAUUCGAAUCGAACGUCCUGUUGAAUACGAAGACAAUGUGUUUCAAGAAUUCGUGCAGAGACAUAACAGAUCCUACAAGGACAACUCUACUGAGUACGCAAUUCGUUUUGAAAUAUUCAAGAAGUCUCUUCGGGAGAUUGGCCAAAUGAAUGCCAAAAGAGUCGACGACAACUCGGCGAUUUAUGGCGUCACCGAAUAUUCAGAUUUGACGAGGCGAGAAUACCAAAACGUUCUUCUACAGAAAAAUAAUAAACUAAGGUUACAAUUAUCACAAUUAUUUUCCGAGGUUAAACGAAAGCAGAAAAAACUAUUAGGGAAACCGCAGCAAUAUGCUCUCCCGCUGCGAGUCGAUUGGCGAGAAAAAGGCGUCGUUACCGGAGUCCGCGAUCAGGGUCGUUGCGGGGCUUGUUGGGCGCACAGCACCGUUGCGACGAUAGAGAGUAUGUUGGCCAUCAAAACUGGCAAAAUGAAAGAGCUGAGUGUGCAGCAAAUGAUCGAUUGCUCGUUGCAGAAUUUGGGCUGUAGAGGAGGUGAUACUUGUCUACUACUGUCCUGGUUAGUGGGGGACUAUAUAUCAGUACUCCCAAAAGAGGAUUAUGCAAAAACUAAGGAAUGCACAGGGACUGGAAUUCAUGUAACACAAUACUCAUGUGAUGAUAUGACAAGGAACGAAAACGAAAUGUUAGCUGCUCUUGCUCUUCAUGGUCCACUGGCAAUUGGUGUAAAUGCAAUGAGCUGGCAAAACUAUGUGGGGGGUGUAAUUAAAUACCAUUGCGAAGGUGGACCCAUGAUGUUGAACCACGCAGUUCAGGUGGUCGGCUACGACCUGUCCGGGCCGACACCUCAUUAUAUAUUGAGAAAUUCCUGGGGCCCGCGCUUCGGAAACGACGGUUACGCUUAUGUGGCGAUAGGCGGUAAUGUUUGCGGAGUGGCCGAAGAGGUCUCGGCUGUCCAAGUCACGGAGAAGUGAGGAAUAUUAAAGUCAACACGAAAACAAAUAAAGACUGAGAAGAAUUCAAAUGUGCAAUAGU